CAGGGGGAGCCGGGCGGAGGAGGUUUUGUCCCUGGGCGGCCGCCGUCCGCUGUUACCGGCGAGGCUGAGGUGGCGGCGGCGAGCGGGAUCGGGAGGGCGCCGCCAUGAGCCGCAGCUACAACGACGAGCUGCAGUUCCUGGACAAGCUGGACAAGAACUGCUGGCGGAUCAAGAAGGGCUUCGUGCCCAACAUGCACGUGGAGGGUGUUUUCUACGUGAACGACCCGCUGGAGAAGCUGAUGUUCGAGGAGCUGCGCAACGCCUGCCGUGGCGGGGGUGCGGGUGGGUUUUUGCCUGCUAUGAAGCAGAUUGGGAACGUGGCAGCGUUACCUGGCAUCGUUCACAGAUCAAUAGGCCUGCCAGAUGUCCAUUCGGGCUAUGGGUUUGCCAUUGGCAACAUGGCUGCCUUUGACAUGAAUGAUCCUGAAGCAGUGGUUUCACCAGGUGGUGUCGGAUUUGACAUCAACUGUGGUGUCCGCUUGCUGCGUACAAAUUUGGAUGAAAGUGAUGUGCAGCCUGUGAAGGAGCAGCUCGCCCAAGCUAUGUUUGACCAUAUUCCUGUUGGUGUCGGCUCCAAGGGUGUCAUCCCCAUGAAUGCCAAGGAUUUGGAAGAGGCACUAGAGAUGGGUGUGGACUGGUCUCUCCGGGAAGGCUAUGCCUGGGCAGAGGACAAGGAGCACUGUGAGGAAUAUGGAAGAAUGCUGCAGGCCGAUCCCAACAAGGUCUCUUCAAGAGCGAAGAAAAGGGGCCUGCCUCAGCUGGGGACCCUGGGAGCAGGAAAUCAUUACGCCGAGAUCCAGGUCGUGGAUGACAUUUACAACGAAUACGCUGCCCGGAAGAUGGGCAUCGACCACAAAGGGCAGGUGUGCGUCAUGAUCCACAGUGGCAGCAGGGGUUUGGGCCACCAGGUUGCCACAGAUGCAUUGGUGGCUAUGGAAAAAGCUAUGAAACGGGACAAAAUCAUAGUGAAUGAUCGGCAACUAGCAUGCGCCAGGAUUGCCUCUGCAGAGGGGCAGGAUUACUUGAAAGGAAUGGCAGCUGCUGGAAACUAUGCGUGGGUCAACCGCUCUUCUAUGACUUUUCUAACGAGACAGGCCUUUGCCAAAGUCUUCAACACAACCCCAGAUGACCUCGAUAUGCACGUUAUCUAUGACGUGUCUCACAACAUUGCCAAAGUGGAGCAACACGUGGUAGAUGGGAAGGAGCGAACUCUGUUGGUGCACAGAAAAGGGUCAACCAGAGCCUUCCCUCCUCACCAUCCUCUUAUUGCUGUUGAUUAUCAACUGACCGGACAGCCUGUUUUGAUCGGUGGGACCAUGGGCACCUGUAGCUACGUUCUUACGGGCACAGAGCAAGGCAUGACUGAGACCUUCGGAACUACUUGCCAUGGAGCUGGUCGUGCACUGUCUCGAGCCAAAUCUCGACGUAACUUGGACUUCCAGGAUGUAUUGGACAAGCUGGCUGACAUGGGCAUUGCCAUCCGUGUUGCUUCUCCCAAACUGGUCAUGGAAGAAGCACCAGAGUCUUACAAGAACGUGACAGAUGUGGUUAAUACCUGCCAUGCAGCUGGCAUCAGCAAGAAAGCCAUUAAAUUGAGACCUAUUGCUGUUAUAAAAGGCUAGAAAUUGACAAGGCAGCAGAAACCCAGUGACAUCUCCAGGCCUUCUGCUACUGUCUAGAAUCUUCCCAUACCUCUUGGACUCUGUAAUAAGCUCAGAUAUCACAUCCCUGUUCUGGAAACACAGCAGUGAAGGAUACCCCUAUUUUUAAUGACUUCUACACAAAAUUAAUGCCCCCCUCCCCCCCUCCACCUCCUUGUUAUAUGAUGUUCUUUUCUUGGGAGAAAAGGGGAAAGAAAUCGGUCUUGGCUUUUGAUAUGCAGUCUCUUGCCCGUUUGGCUGAUUAUUGCACAGGCAGGACUUCAGACUUGCCUGGGUUCUCACUAAUUGCUGUGCUGCAAGACCACCUCCAUCAGCAAAGAUGGCCUAUGAGCCCGACCUCCUGUCUCCACACACAAGUGCGUGGAGCUCUUUCUGCAUACGGAAGUACUCUGAUAGGCAGGGAAUAGUGCUGCUGGGCAGGGAGAGGUCGCUCUGUUUGCAGAUGGGUAAAAAAUUGGGGAGUUGGGAGUGGUCUCCCGCUUGGGUUGAGAGGGAUUAGCUGGGCUUGAGGCGCAGUCCUCUUCUCUUCCCGCACCCUCUCCCAUGUACCACAGCACCUGGGGUACUUGGCUCAGCCCAAGUAGGCGUUCUGCAGUCUUCUCUAAAUGGUAGUAGGAUUCGGUUUGUUACUUUGAAAGGUUUUGUUUGCCCAAUAAAAGUUGUGACUUAACAACUUAGAGAUGUGCUAAUCCAACGUUUUGCAGAGUCCUAAGCAUGUGAAAGUUGGAUUGGAUAAUGUUUGCUGUGUCCCACAACUGACCGAAGUGGGUCGUGUUGCAGGGUCAAGCCCAGUAGGAUGUAACUGCUUUCAGCCGAUGUUUAUUUUAUGUUCAUUAAAUGAGACCGGAGGGGGGGCUGACCAGUAGAUCAUAUUGGGAAUUAUAAAUAAAAUGGGAAGAUGGA